AUCCCUUGCAAAAGAGAAAGCCGCUGGCGUUUUCUUUUGUAGUACUUCCUUGCCAAGUCCACUGAGAAGAACUAUAAAAGGUCGGUCUUGCUUCAAAUGAUACAGUGUUCGAGAGAAGACACAGUGACUCGGCUGCCGGUUCAUUCUUUUCUUAAGACACAGGAUUCUAAAGAUCUCAACAUGAAGACGUUCGUGGUUCUAGCUUUCGUGUUGGCUGCUUUCUUCGCUCCAAGCGAACAACUGAAUAUCGUGACCUGUGAGCAUGAGACCAUGGUCCUGAACUGCGGAGGUGGGGAGGAGAUCGUGGUGGUCGCCGCCAACUACGGCCGGACCUCCUCCUGCCUCUGCGGGGGAAGUAUCAAGACCCUGAGCUGUUACGCCGGCAACAGUCUCCGGAUCGUCCGGCAAGACUGUAACGGGAAGAGAGCCUGCAGGGUCACCGCAAGUAAUGACGUCUUUGGAGACCCCUGCAAGGGGACCCGCAAGUACCUGGAAGUCAGCUACUACUGCAGGCGUCCACUCUAGGGUUAUCAUCAAAUCCUUCAAGAGGUUGAGAUGCCUGGAAUUCGUUUUCAACCUCCUAAUAGCAGGUGCCAUAACAUGACGUCGUCUAGAUAAGAACAAAAAAACAUAAGAACACCACGUCUUUUUCGAAGAAGGAAGCUCAUGAUCAUAUCUCACUAUAUACGCAAUAUUAUCCUUUAUCUCUGAUUGAUAAUAACAUGUCUGACAACGUGAUAAAGUAACAACAUACUGCUGGGUCUGUAAUCCAUUUAUAUACUCACUCUAUAGGCAACUGUGUAUUGUCAUAUUGUAUUACAUGUAUUUCAAAUCAAGAGUGUUGUUCUCUGUGUAAAGGUUCGCUUGCCGUCAUUGUAAUGGACCUGGCUGUAAUAAAGGGUGAUAACGUUUA